AGUCGUCUCGUGUGAAAUGCUUCCCUCUGCUUGUGUUUGAGGUACCCUCCGCCUGCCUGGAGCUGCACCUGCUUCCACUGCCCAGGAACCCGCCUCCACACCCCCCACUGCUGCCAAUCAACUCUGCCCAGCCUCAGCACUUCCAUGUCCUCCUCCAACCCGUGCUGGCCAGGGCCGAAGGCUCGUCUGUGAGCUCGGAGGAAAGAUGGAUCAUGUGAGUGGAGCUGAGAGGUUUAUGGAGCCGAGCUCCCGGGGCUGUAAAUCACCCUACCCUCCCGGGUAUAAAGCGCCCGUCCAGCCCGGCGUGGGACAGAGCCCUGACCCCCAGCUCAGCGCCGGCUCUCGGCGCAGCCAGUGAGCCCUCCGAGCCUCCUCGGGUCGCCCCGCCAUGUCGGAGGAGCUGGCCUCGGGCCCCAAGGAGCGCCCGCCGGCGCUGCGCGCGGGCCCCCGCGAGGUGUGGAAGAAGGGCGGCCGCCUGCUCUCGGUGCUGCUGGCCGUGAACGUGCUGCUGCUGGCCUGCACGCUGGUCAGCGGCGGCGCCUUCAACAAGGUGGCCGUGUACGACACCGACGUCUUCGCCCUGCUCACCACCAUGAUGCUGCUGGCCUCGCUCUGGAUCCUCUUCUACGUCCUGCGCACCGCGCGCUGUCCCGGCGCCGUCCCCUACCUAGACGCGCACGCCGGCCCCAUCUGGCUCCGAGGUGGGCUGGUGCUGUUUGGGACCUGCACGCUCGUCAUGGACGUCUUCAAGACCGGCUACUACUCCAGUUUCUUCGAGUGCCAGUCGGCCAUCAAGAUCCUGCACCCACUCAUCCAGGCUGUGUUUGUCAUUCUCCAGACGUACUUCCUCUGGGUCUCCGCCAAGGACUGUGUCCACGUCCACCUGGACCUGACCCGGUUCGGACUCAUGUUCACGCUCACCACCAACCUGGCCAUCUGGAUGGCAGCCGUGGUAGAUGAAUCCGUGCACCAAGCCCACUCCUAUGGCAGCUCUCACGGCAACACCAGCUACACCCGCCUCGCCCCUGACUUGGAGCGGGUGGGAGACACAGCCUGUUCCUGCAGCACGCCCGUCUGCCAGAUCUUCCAGCAGGGGUAUUUUUACCUAUACCCCUUCAACAUCGAGUACAGCCUCUUCGCGUCCACCAUGCUCUACGUCAUGUGGAAGAACGUCGGCAGGCUGUUGGCCGCCCCUCAAGGCCACGGCCAUGGCCACGGCCCCUCCCGGGUCAGUCUCUUCCGGGAAACCUUCUUCGCCGGCCCGAUCCUGGGCCUGCUGCUCUUUGUGGUGGGGCUGGCCGUCUUCAUCAUCUACGAGGUCCAGGUGAGCGGGGAGGGGGGCCGUACCCAGCAGGCCCUGGUCACCUACUACAGCUUCAACAUCGUCUGCCUGGGGCUCAUGACCCUGGUCAGCCUGAGCGGCUCGGUCAUCUACCGUUUCGACCGGCGCGCCAUGGACCACCACAAGAACCCCACCCGCACGCUGGACGUAGCCCUGCUGAUGGGGGCUGCCCUGGGCCAGUAUGCCAUCUCCUACUACUCGAUCGUGGCCGUGGUGGCGGGCACCCCCCGGGACCUGCUGGCGGGGCUCAACCUGGCCCACGCCCUGCUCAUGGUCGCCCAGCACACCUUCCAGAACGUGUUCAUCAUCGAGAGCCUGCACCGGGGGCCGCCCGGGGCUGAGCCCCCCCACACACCCCCCAAGGAGCCCUGCCAAGGCCUCACCUUCGCCAACCUGGACGCCCUGCACGCUCUGCCUGGCUGCCCACCCACCCCCAGCCUGGCCAACCCCAGCCCAGCAGGCCCUCCAGAGGUCGUGGCCAUGAUCUUGGCCCCCAGGGGCCACUGGAGACGCCGGUGCCUCAGAGACAUUUCUCUGUUUCUCCUGCUCUGCAAUGUCAUUCUGUGGAUCAUGCCGGCCUUCGGGGCGCGCCCUCACUUCAGCAACACGGUGGAAGUGGACUUCUACGGUUACUCGCUCUGGGCAGCCAUCGUCAACAUCUGCCUGCCUUUCGGCAUCUUCUACCGCAUGCACGCCGUCUCCAGCCUGCUGGAGGUUUACGUGCUGUCCUGAAGCCCUUCCGGAGCCUCACCGGCUCCUGGGCCCACUCGGAGCCGCUCCAGGAGAGAACCCCAGGCUGGCAGUCCCGGAACCACAGCGCCACCCAGCCCCUACUGGCCUCGCAGUGGAAUUUGCACCAAAGUUAUUUUUUUUUCCAGGAUGAGUUUUUAAAUCACAAUCAAGACUUGUCCAGACGCCCCAGCAUGGUGAGGUGACUCCUGCAGGAGAGGCGAGGGCUGGGGGUGCCGGCUGGGGCUCUAUCCCUCAUCUGCCCUGUGACCUGGGCAGUGCACUGUGCCUGGAGCUGGGCACCAAUAAACCUGCGAUUCGCCCCCUGACCCCCACGUCUCGUCUUCUGAGAUGCCCACAGAAGAGGAUCUUGGGGGUCAGAGCCGGAAGUACCCCCUGGAGAUUUUCAGUGGUUGAGCCAAGUUCAAAUUGUAGGCCAGAAAAAAAAGUGGGUAACUCGGAGGCUGGACGAGGCUGGGAGCUUCCAGGCCGCCACCUUCCCUUCCCCUUUAUCUCCAGGUGACACACACGUGUACUCGUAAUUUAUUCCAUGACAUGAGAGAGGUGGGCGGGGCCGGCCUAGUUCAUUGUCCACAUUUCACAAAGAAGGAUGCAGAAGCCGGGGAGAGGCAGUGGCCUGGGAGAGGUCACACAGCUACAGAGAGCCGGAGCCUUGCUUCCCGGGCGGCUGAUGCCUUCCCCCUUCAAGUUACGGGUUGCAGGAACCCACGCCCAGGGCACAGACACGCAGGGGGCAGCUCGAGCUGGACAGGACGUGGGAGACUCAGACCUCCCGCGCCUGGACCUCCCCCAGGGCCCACAGGUGCAGGGAAGUGCUCAUGAGGGCCGGCCCGAGAAGGUUGCAGGGCGGGAAAGCAGGCAAUCGGGACGAGGAGGAGCCGGUGGCAGCCAGAGUCCUG